CAACGACCCUGGACUUUUGAGAGCGUCCUUGGUCCAUUUAUUUUAUGAAAUAAUCGUACCAGCCCUAAUAAUUACAAAUGGGCGCUCGCAAGAAGGAAGCCAACCGCCGUGAGCGGCAGGGCGUUGCUAACGAUGGCAUGGCUAAUGUCAAGGUCAAAGGCGAAAACUUUUACAGAAAUGCCAAAAAACUCAAGACCCUGAACAUGUUCAAGGAUGGAAAGGCCCAAAGAAAUGCGUCAGGGAAAAUCACACAGGCCGCCUCAUACCAAUCUCGAGAACUACCCAAAGCACGAGUCGAGCCCAAUCGAAAAUGGUUCGGAAACACCAGAGUCAUUUCUCAAGAUGCAUUAGACUCGUUCCGACAAGCGGUGGCGGAACGGUCGUCCGAUCCUUACCAAGUCCUGUUAAAAACGAACAAACUGCCUAUGAGUCUGAUACGGGAUACGGAGAACACCAAGAAUGGGGUUAAGCAGCAUCAAGCCAAGAUCGCUGUUGAAUCAGCACCUUUUUCUGACACAUUCGGUCCCAAGUCGCAGCGGAAGCGUGUUAAGUUGAGUUCUAGCUCGGUCAAUGACCUGGCAGACGAGUCGGUCAAGAUGCACGAGAACUAUCUCGAAAGACUUGAGGAAAACAAGCUGCUCAGCGGUCAAGCUGCUGCAGCUGAAACCACACAGGAUACCGACGAUGGGAACUUGACGACGGCACGCGAACCAAUUUUCUCUAAGGGUCAGAGCAAACGAAUUUGGAACGAGCUGUACAAGGUGAUUGACUCGUCAGAUGUCGUCAUCCAUGUUCUUGAUGCUCGAGAUCCCGAGGGAACAAGAUGUCGAAGUGUCGAGAAGUACAUUCGUGAGGAAGCGCCGCAUAAGCAUUUGAUUUUCGUCUUGAACAAAUGUGACCUGGUCCCGACUACCAUUGCGGCUCAAUGGGUUCGACUUCUUUCGAAAGAUUACCCGACUCUCGCAUUUCAUGCUUCAAUGACGAACUCUUUCGGUAAGGGUUCGUUGAUCACAGUUUUACGACAGUUCUCCACGCUUCAUGCUUCAAGAAAACAAAUCUCAGUGGGAUUCAUUGGGUAUCCCAAUACUGGAAAGUCAUCCAUCAUAAACACUCUGCGAAAGAAACGAGUUUGUACGGUUGCUCCCAUACCUGGUGAAACCAAAGUGUGGCAGUAUAUCACGUUGAUGAAGAGAAUUUACCUCAUCGAUUGCCCUGGUGUGGUUCCUCCAAGUCAAGCCGACAGUGAAGAGGAUAUUCUACUCCGAGGCGUAGUUCGUGUUGAAAAUGUUGAACAUCCUGCCCAAUAUGUGGAAGCAGUUCUCCGACGGACUCAGAGCAAGCAUAUUGAAAGGACCUACGAUAUCAAGUUGUCCGACUACGAUAACGACGCUAUUGAAUUUUUGAGCAUUCUUGCACGAAAGGGUGGUCGGUUGUUGAAGGGCGGUGAACCUGAUGUCGACGGCGUGGCUAAGAUGGUUCUCAACGACUUUCUACGUGGAAAACUUCCAUGGUUCACACCGCCUCCGAAAAAAGAGGGCGCUGGCGCCACAGAGACCGCCGAUGCCCCUGCUGAGGUCGUGGAGGGUCGCGAAGGAAGACUAGGUGAAAUGCCUGGCAAGAGAAAGUCAACGACCUUAGACGAAGGAGACCAGGCCGAGGACCAAUCCAGUGAGGAGGAUAGUGAUGACGAAGAUGUUUCAAGCGACGGUGACGACGGCGAAGAGGUUGCUGACGGCGUUGCUGAUGACGAUUUUGCGACUUUUGAUGAUGAAAAUGAUGAUGACUCUGGGGAUGAGGCUGAAGGAGGAGCUCAGCUAUAGAUUGAUGGAUGCUGAUGGUUAAACAGCAUUCCCAGAUGAUUUCUUCCUGAGAGUCUCAGGCUCAUGGGGUUUGGUUAUACCUUCUACCACAUUUCAAUGUCAUGUGAUUGUCAACCCCA